CGAGCGCGCGCGGACCAGCGAUGACCGCCAUGCUGAGCCCGAAGAUCCGACAGACCCGGAGAGCCAGGUCCAAGAGCAUGGUGAUGGGCGAGGUGUCCCGGGGCCCGUGCGGCCGGCCGGCCUCCCCCGGCCUCCAGGAGGGGGCGCUGAAGGCCGGCUGGCUGAAGAAGCAGCGCAGCAUCAUGAAGAACUGGCAGCUGCGCUGGUUCGCGCUGCGCUCGGACCAGCUGUUCUUCUACAAGGACGAGGAGGAGACCAAGCCACAGGGCUGUAUUCCUCUGCAGGGAUGUCAGGUCAACGAGCUCACAGCGAACCCCGACGAGCCGGGAAGACACCUGUUUGAGAUCGUACCAGGUGGGACGGGGGAGAAGGACCGGGCGCCGCUCAGCCACGAGUCCUUCCUGCUGAUGGCCAACUCCCAGACAGACAUGGACGACUGGGUCAAGGCCAUCCGGCGGGUCAUCUGGGCGCCGUUCGGCGGAGGGAUCUUUGGCCAGCGCCUGGAGGACACGGUGCAGUACGAGAAGAAGUUCGGCCCCCGGCUGGCCCCCUUGCUGGUGGAGCAGUGCGUGGACUUCAUCCGGGAGAGGGGCCUGGACGAGGAGGGUCUCUUCCGGAUGCCGGGCCAGGCCAACCUGGUGAAGGAGCUGCAGGAGGCCUUCGACUGCGGCGACAAGCCCCUGUUUGACAGUAACACGGACGUCCACACGGUGGCGUCGCUGCUGAAGUUGUACCUGCGCGAGCUGCCCGAGCCCGUCAUCCCGUUCUCCAAGUACGAAGACUUCCUGAGCUGCGCGCAGCUGCUGGCCAAAGACGAGGAGGAGGGGGUCCAGGAGCUCGGGAGGCAGGUGAACACUCUGCCUCUGCCCAACUACAACCUGCUGGCCUACAUAUGCAAAUUCCUCGAUGAGGUCCAGUCGUACGCCAGCGAGAACAAAAUGAGCGUCCAGAACCUCGCCACCGUGUUUGGACCAAAUAUCCUGCGGCCCAAGAUGGAGGACCCGGUCACCAUCAUGGAAGGCACGUCUCUGGUGCAGCACCUGAUGACGAUCCUCAUCAGGGAACACGACCGGUUCUACUCGGGGAGGGACCAGGAGGGAUCCGGAGGGCCCCAGCCGGAGGGCCCCGCCCCGGGCCACCAGCUCCAGCACCGCAGCCUGGGCGCCUGGAUCUCGGAGGAGGACCUCCAGAGCGGCCCGGCCGCCAACGGCGACCGCGAGCUGCACAGCAGCGCCUCGUCUCUGGACGCCAAGCCGUGCGCCGCCGUCGCGCCCGGCGCCCAGACGCCCAAGCUGGGCUCUCCGUCGGGGAGGGGAGAGACCGUGGUGAGCCCGAGUAAACACGCCAAGACCGCGCCGUCCUGGAAGUACUCGUUCAAGAGCUCCUCGGCGCCGCGCGCCCAGGCGCAGGGCAAGCCCGGCGGGGGCGGCGGCACCGGCAGCGGCGGCGGCGGCUCGGUGGCCGACGCCGCCAGCGUGUCUUCCGGUAACUGGCUCAUGAACGGCCUCUCGUCCCUGAGGGGUCACCGGCGCACGUCGUCGGGCGAGCGCUCGGCGCGCGACCGCGACUCCACGGGCUCCUCGCAGCGGCUGUCCACCUACGACAACGUCACCUCCUCCUGCAGCAUGGGCAGCGUGCCGAGCGGCGCCGGCGCGCCCUGGUCCGCCUCGUCCUGCGAGAUCUCCGUGCCCGACUCGGGCGGCGAGCCCUCGGGCGGCGGGGAGUGGGCGGGGAGCCAACGGGAGCUGGGCGACGACGGCGGGGCGACGACGGACCCGAGCUCCGAGCAGGACAGCUGCGAGGCCAUGGAGCUGUGCGGCAGCAGCGCGGCCUGCAGCGACGAUGGGAACGCGGCCGCGGCGCCGGCCGUCGUCACGUCGGAGGACGGCGCCGCGACGCUCGGCGGCCUGGAGGAGGAGCUGAAGGACGAGUUGAGGAAGCAGAAGGUCUCGUACGAGACCAGGAUCCAACGGCUGGAGGAGAGCGGCGCCGCCCUGCGCGCGCAGACGGAGCGCCUGCAGCAGGAGGCGGAGCAAGAGGGGAAGAGGCGCCGCAUGCUGGAGAUCAAGCUGAGGAACUCUGAGCGGGCGCGCGAGGACGCCGACAACCGCAACCGGCUGCUGGAGGAGGAGAUGGAGGACUUCUUCUCCACGCUGGGAGACAUGGCGCUCGGCGCCAGGACCAGCGAUAUUUGAUAUAUGCGGCGGCGGCGUUCCUCCAGGAGACUUUUGGAUACAUUUCUAUUGUUUUUGGUAACCGGGCAGACGGCGAGAAAGAGGAGUCGAUGUCUUUCUAUUCCUUUUUUUUUUUGGAAGAGGUGUUGGGAGUUAAAAUGGAGUUUUGAGAAAUACUCAGAACACGUGUUGCCGAGGAAACGCUCGCCUGCAUUUCAUUUUGUGGGGGGGGCGGGGCUUAUCUCGAAACCUGUGGAGUUUUGAGAAAUACUCGGAAGAACAAGUCGAACUUUUUUCUGGAAGAAGAUGCUGCUGAGACGCCCCAUGCGUUUCAUUUGUUGGAGGGGGCGGGGCUUAGCUCGGAGAGGGCGGGGCUUCGCUCGGCUAUCUCAAAACCUGUGUCUAUAAACCCUGUAAUUAUUCACCUGGGAGUAAUUGAGAAGAUAUUUCUAGUAAUCCUAGUGAACUGGAUUUCCUCCUGUUCUGUAUGUAUAAUACAGCCCCCCCCCCCCCCCCUCUGGAUGCAUCUAAAUGUGUAUAUUGUAACACGAGCGCAGGUCGAGAACGCUAGUUUCCAAACGUUCCCUCUUGGAGCAGAAAGGGGUGGAGCCUCCUCUUCUCCUCAGGCCGUCCGAUGCCUCCACGUCUAACGGUUACAAACCAAAGCUGGACCGCCUCGCCGCUCACCAGAGGUCAGGACCAGAGGUCAGGCCUAGAGGUCGGGGCGGCCGCCGGCCUCGGCGCCAACUUGAUUUUGGCACAUGAAGCUGAAACACUGCCCUCAAAGAAACGAUGGAGCUUCCUGGUUGUGCCUUCAGGGAAGUGUUUUUAUGUAGUGACCAUAUAUUCACCUGUAGUACACACAGUAGCUACACACACACUUUAUUUUAUGGCGCGAAUUCUUGUGACGGUGAAUUGUGAACUGAAUGGAAGUGUUGAACUCUGAAUGUAUCCCUGUAGUGAAUGUAAUGUUGAUGAAAACCAGCUACGAAGAAUAAACAAAAACAACAAAAGUAGUAAAUGUAAACAACUCCCAGAGCGGGGAAACAAAUGGUAACCAUGACGACUUCCUCCUCCCACUCUUCAUUCUAGUCUCUGUGCAUUCGGCUCCAUUGACGCUCGUUUCUUAAAGGGCCAGACACGUGAAAGUGCUUUUGGUGACUUUCUUUUUCUUUCUAUUUUUGAAAUACAUUUCAUAAAGAAACAAAGGCGACGUGGAUGCGUCGCCGUCUUUGAUUGCUCAGGUUGACGAGGUCGUCGAUCCUCCAGCUCAUGUGACCUACGUCCGCCGAUUGACCGACGGUGUUUAUUUAUUAUGGUUCACACUGCAAUGGAUGGACGUGUAUGGAA